GAUAUGGGCGUGAUAGAAGAGAUCAUUAUGAUAGUAGAUAUGAUCGAGAUCGUUACGAUCGUUAUGAUCGUGAUAGGGGAAGGGGAAAUGGACGUGAUAGACGUGAUCAUUAUGAUAGAUAUGAACGAGAAAGACAUGAGCGCUAUGAACGUGAAAGGGGAAGAGGAAGGGAUCGUGAUGUUUCUGAAAAACGUCCCGCUGAAAAACCAGAGUCUAAUGAACCUCCAGAAGAGAAACUCGAUGAAAAAGAAUUACAAGCAAUAAGGGAACGAUAUAUGGGUGGAGAACGUAAAAAGCGUAAAAUUCGUAAGAUGAACGAAAAAAAAUUUGUAUUCGAUUGGGAUGCUGGUGAAGACACAUCACAAGAUUUCAAUCCAUUAUAUGCGAGCAGGCAUAAUGCACAAAUGUUUGGACGAGGUCAUUUUGCGGGAAUUGAUAUUAAGGAACAAAAACGUGAUCGUGCCCAAUUUUAUAACCAACUUUUGGAAGAACGAAGAACUGUUGAUCAAAAAGAUCGCGCAGAAGAAAGGAUGGAAAUUGAUAGGCGCAAGGAAAUGAAAACCAUGUGGGAUGACCGGCAUUGGUCAGAAAAACCAUUAAGCGAAAUGAAAGAAAGAGACUGGCGUAUUUUCAAAGAAGACUUCAAUAUAACAACAAAAGGCGGUAGCAUUCCAAACCCGAUACGCUCUUGGAAAGAGUCCGGUUUAUCUGAACGUAUUCUUAAUCUUAUUGAUAGUAUUGGAUAUAAAGAACCCACACCUAUUCAAAGGCAAGCCAUUCCUAUUGGUUUACAAAAUAGGGACAUUAUUGGAAUUGCGGAAACAGGGAGUGGUAAGACCGCCUCGUUUGUUAUCCCUAUGUUAGUUUACAUUUCCGAUCUUCCGAGAUUAUGCGAAGAAAACAUGUCGGAUGGACCUUACGCAUUAAUAUUGGCACCAACUCGUGAAUUGGCACAGCAAAUUGAGCAAGAAACAUUAAAAUUUGCGGCACCUAUGGGAUUCAAUUGUGUCUCUAUUGUUGGAGGGCAAGCUUUCAAUUUACGAAAUGGCGCUGAAAUAAUUAUUGCCACACCCGGUCGUUUAAAGGAUUGUCUCGAUCGUCGGAUAUUGGUACUCAAUCAAUGUACAUAUGUAGUUAUGGAUGAAGCUGAUCGUAUGAUAGAUAUGGGUUUUGAAACCGAUGUCAACACUAUAUUAGAUGCGUUGCCUGUUUCAAAUGUAAAACCCGAUACCGAAGAAGCUGAGAAUCCGGCUGAAAUGCUCAAGAAACUUGGACAACGUGAACGGUAUAGACAGACUGUCAUGUUUUCAGCUACUAUGCCACCGGCUGUAGAACGGCUAGCAAAAAGAUAUUUACGGCGGCCAGCGGUUGUUACUAUUGGAACUGCUGGUCAAGCAGUGGAUACAGUUGAACAAAGAGUAGAAAUGAUACAUGAUGAAAUCCGUAAAAAGAGUCGACUACUGGAACUUUUGCAAGGUUCAUUUGAUCCGCCAAUAAUUAUUUUUGUCAAUCAAAAGAAAGGUUGCGAUGUCCUUGCAAGAGCCUUAAAUAAAAUGGGAUAUCGUGCUACGACGUUACAUGGUGGUAAAACUCAAGAACAAAGAGAGAGUGCUUUGGCUCAUCUAAAAAAUGGAACGAUGGAUAUUUUAGUUGCUACCGAUGUUGCUGGGCGCGGUAUUGAUGUUAAAAAUGUAUCCUUAGUUAUAAAUUAUGAUAUGGCCAAAAAUAUUGAAGACUAUACACAUCGUAUCGGACGUACCGGAAGAGCUGGUCAAUCUGGAGUCGCUAUAACAUUUCUGUCACCUGGAGAUGCUGACGUUAUGUACGACUUGAAACAAAUGAUUUUGAAGAGUCCAAUUUCAAGAGUACCACCAGAACUUGCUUCACAUCCCUCAGCAAUGGCUAAGCCGGGUACAUAUACAGCAAAACGAAAACAUGAAGAAACUAUCUUCCAAUAA